AUGGGAUUUGGAAUUGGUAUCAAGUCUGCUACUGUUCCUGCGUAUGCUGCUGAAUGUACCCCUAAGCAAAUUAGAGGUGCUUUAGUCAUGUUGUGGCAAUUCUUUACCGCAUUUGGUAUUAUGCUUGGUUAUGUCGCCUGCUUAGCCUUCUAUCAUGUUGGUGAUCGUGGUAUUGGUGGGGGUCUUAAUUGGAGAUUAAUGCUAGGUGCCGCCGGUCUUCCAGCUGUGUUUGUUUUAUUUCAAAUCCCAUUCGUCCCUGAAUCUCCUCGUUGGUUAAUGGGUAAAGGAAGACAUAAGGAUUCUUACGAAUCAUUGAAUGCAAUGCGUCUUGAUAAAAUUGCAGCUGCUAGAGAUACAUUUUACCAAUAUGUCUUGUUACAAGAGGAAGCUGCUUAUGAGGGGAUUCCAACAUGGAAACGUCUUAUCGAAAUGUUUACUAUCAGAAGGAACAGAAAUGGUGCUUUUGCUGCGUGGAUUGUUAUGUUUAUGCAACAAUUCUGUGGUAUCAAUGCUAUAGUCUAUUAUAACUCCACUAUCUUCAUUAGAUCUGGUUUCACUGAA